UAUAUAUAGUAUAUAUCAUAACUUCAAAGCCACAUAAUAAUUCAAAUUCAUAAUCUUGUCAAAUCUUUAUCAUUUUUUUGCAUUCUUAAUUUGAUUCGGUUCUUAAUUAUAUAUCUCAUAAAAUGGUGUUUGGUUGGCGAAGAAAAAGAAGUGUUCGCAACUCGAAAAUGGAGGUGGUGAUUCCGAAUCAUUUUAUUUGUCCUAUUUCUUUAGAUCUUAUGAAAGAUCCGGUCACUUUAUCUUCCGGUAUAACGUACGAUCGCGAAAACAUCGAAUCAUGGCUCGAAGACGGUAACUUCAUGUGCCCCGUUUCGAAUCAAAUGCUUAACAGCUUUGAUCAGAUACCUAAUCAUACUCUCAGGGAAAUGAUUCAAGAUUGGUGCGUAGCGAAUCGUAACAAAGGAGUCCAACGCAUUCCGACACCAAGAGUUCCCGUGUCCGCAACUCAAGUGUCCGAGAUUCUUUCAUGCCUCGAGGCUUCAACGAAGCGAUUAGACAGAUUGGAAACGAUAGAAAUAGUUCGAAAAAUCAAGAAAUGGGGCAACGAAAGCGAGCGGAAUAGGCGUUGCAUUAUCGCGAAUGGAGCAAGCGGAGGCUUAGCGGCAACAUUACAUGCAUUCGCAAGGGAUUCGAAUAAUGAUUUCCAAAGAAACGCAACCGUUUUCGAGGAAAUAUUAUCCGCAAUGAGUUGGAUGAUGUCCCCUAUGUUAAACAUAGAGUCACAAAUAUACUUAGGUUCACAAGAAUCUUUAAAUUCAAUGGUAUGGUUAUUAGAACAUAGAGAUAAUCUCUCAUCGAAACAAAACUCCAUUAAUACACUGAAAUACCUUCUUUCUUCCGAUCAACAACAUGCAGAAUCAUUAGCAUCCAUUGAAGGAAUAAAUGACGUGCUAUUCAAGUUAAUCAAACGGCCAAUUUGCCCUAAAACAACCAAAGCUUCACUCAUCGUAAUUUUCCAUCUCCUUUCAUCGGAUCAAACCAAAUCAAAGUUUGUGAAACUAGGUUUAGUUUCUCUAGUCAUCGAAAUCAUCAUCGAGGGCAACCGAAGCGUUACGGAGAAAGCUUUAGGCGUUUUUGACAAACUUUGUGACAUUAAACAAGGGAGAGAAGAGGCUUACAGUAAUGCCCUAACAUGGCCGGUUUUGGUUAAGAAAAUGUUGAGAGUUUCGGACUUGGCGACGGAGUAUUCGGUUUCUGCCAUUUGGAAACUUAACAAGAAUGGCAGACAAGAGGAAACUGCCAUUGAAGCUCUUCAAGUUGGUGCUUUUCAAAAGCUGGUAUUACUGUUGCAAGUUGGGUGUGGUGAUGAGACCAAAGAGAAAGCUACUGAGCUUUUGAAAAUGAUGAAUCCUUAUAGAAAUGGAGUUGAAUGCAUUGAGUCUGUAGAUUUCAAGAAUCUCAAACGUUCAUUUUGAAGGGUUUUAUAGGAUCUAAGUUUCAAUUGAAGACUGAAAUAUAUUUAUGUGUAUUAUAAUAUUUUGUAGAAAUGAGUUUUAGAUAUACAAAUUAAUGUAACCACUUUUACUUUAUAGAAAUAGAAUAUCUUUAUUUUUUGGCCUAA